AUGGAGGAGAAUGACCCCAAGCCCAGCGAAGCGGCGGCGGCGGCGGACGGGCAGCGGCAGCCGGAAUCCAGCCCCAGCGGCGGCGCGGGCGGCGGCGGCAGCAGCCCGGGCGACGCGGACACUGGCCGCCGGAGGGCUCUGGUGCUGCCUGCGGUCCUUCAGGCGCCGGGCAACCACCAGCACCCACACCGCAUUACCAACUUCUUCAUCGACAACAUCCUGCGGCCCGAGUUCGGCCGGAGAAAGGACGCGGGGACGUGCUGUGCUGGCUCCGGAAGAGGCGGAGGCGGCGGCGAAGGCGGCGCGGGCGGCGCGGAGGGAGGCGGCGGCGCGGGCGGCGCGGAGCAGCUCCUGGGGUCGGGCCGGGAGCCCCGGCAGGACGCGCCGGGUGCGCCGGGUGCGGGCGGGCCGCUGCCCGGCGGCGGCGGCGGCGACUCUCCGGGCGACGGCGAAGGCGGCUCCAAGGCGCUCUCGCUGCACAGCGGCGCCAAGAAAGGCGGAGACCCCGGGGGCCCCCUGGACGGGGCGCUCAAGGCCCGCGGCUUGGGCGGCGGCGACCUGUCUGUGAGCUCAGACUCGGACAGUUCGCAGACCAGCGCCAACCUGGGUGCGCAGCCCAUGCUCUGGCCGGCUUGGGUCUACUGCACGCGCUACUCGGACCGACCUUCUUCAGGUCCCAGGUCUCGCAAACCAAAGAAGAAGAACCCCAACAAAGAGGACAAGAGGCCCCGCACGGCCUUCACGGCGGAGCAGCUGCAGAGGCUCAAGGCCGAGUUCCAGACCAACAGGUACCUGACGGAGCAGCGGCGCCAGAGCCUGGCCCAGGAGCUCAGCCUCAACGAGUCACAGAUCAAGAUUUGGUUCCAGAACAAGCGCGCCAAGAUCAAGAAGGCCACGGGCAACAAGAACACGCUGGCCGUGCACCUCAUGGCGCAGGGCCUAUACAACCACUCCACCACCGCCAAGGAGGGCAAGUCGGACAGUGAGUAG